AUGUGGCUUUUACCGGAGGCUUGGAGAGACUUAUACCGUGUUCUUAAUCAAAUUGAUCUCGUACAAGUUAAUCCGGAUGUUAGCGACCAGGUUUUUUGGAAAGAUGGUAAUGAUCUAAAUAAUUUCUCGUCUUCGGGAGUAUGGAAUUCGAUCAGAACCAGGGAGGCCGAUGUGGAUUGGUUUAAGAUUGUUUGGUUCUCUCAAUGUAUCCCGAGGCAUGCUUUCUUAAUGUGGCUUAUCAUGCGUGGUAAGCUCUUGACUCAAGAUAAAAUUUUACAAUGGGAUUUUGCGAGACGAAAAAACAUGAAUAUGAUGUGUUGCUUGUUAUGCUAUGCGGAUGUUGAUUCUCAUGCCCAUCUCUUCUUUGAAUGCAAAUUUUCAUCCCAAGUUUGGUGUUCGGUCAGAAAUAAAGGGGGUAUGGCUUCAGUGGGUUCUAAAUGGGAUACUAUUGUUGCUUGGCUUUCGUCUCGGGCCAGUUCGAAGUCUGCCAUCAAUUUUGUUAGUAGAAUUGUUGUUGCGACGACGGCGUACAUAGUUUGGCAGGAACAGAAUGCUAGACUGUUCAAGAACCAUGCGAGACCGCCUGAUGUGUUAUGUGAGAUAAUUCUAGCUACGGUUCGUUACAAGUUAAUGGGUUUGAAGUUCAAACACACGGUUAGAGUGAGGAGCUUGCUGGAUGAUUGGGGGAUUCAUGGAGAUAGCGUCAUCGAUAAUGGCGGUUGA